AACCUAUAUAUAUAUGUGUGUAGUUACAAAACCUAAGAAACCUUACAGAAGAAAAACAAAAGAAGCAGAAACGAAGACAAACAUGAAGCUGCUAAGUUGGAUUCGAACUAUAAAGCAAAGCGGCUUAGACCAUUCAAAGGAGUUCAAAGGUAAUUUCUGUUGUCUAAGAGCUCAGGUUUCUUCUCAAGUCCAAGACAUCCGUACAAACUCCUUCGCCUUCUAUGAACCAUCUCGUGACCCGAAACCACCAGAAGCUGAUGAGGACCUCCGGUUUGAUCAUGAAGACGUGUUCAGUGGAUUUCUAACGAUCGGGACUCUUGGUAGAGAAACUGAAACACCAAGAUUCACUUCGGUUGCAGAAGAAGAUGUAACCGGAGCACAAAAAGAUAUUGCAAAGCUCUUAACUAAGAAGCUAGAGGAAUAUCCUGAGGAUAGAAGCAGUAAGCAAGUACUUGAGAGAUCGAAUGCAGAAGGAGAUAGAGAAUCAGUUGACGUAUGUCCUUCACAAGGUAAUGAUCUCUACCUAAAGAGAAGCAAAGAAGCAAAGCAAAAAAAGGGUGUACUUACAAUCACAAACCUCUUCAAGAGAAGAAAGACAGUAGAAGGAGAGUGUAACUCCAUGGAGAAACAUGGCACACCAGAUCUGAUUAGAAGGGUGUUCGAUAAGCUCCACAUGUCUUCUUCAAAUACAAUAAAAGAUGACAAUGAUGAUGAUUAUAUGCACAAGAAGAAAGACAUCAGAAAGAAUGUUCAAAUCUUCAGGAGUAGAGUCCAUCCUGUUCUCUGUACAACUGCAAGAGACGAUAAGGAGAUAGAUGACAGCAGAAGCUGCACCAACCUCAAGGAUCCUCCUCUUAACGGAGGGUUACUUGAUUCAAGCUCCAUCUCGGAAACGAACAUGAAAAAAGAAAAAUGGAUCAAGACUGACGCAGAGUAUCUUGUUCUGGAAUUUUGAUGAACAACAACAACACAAAUUGCAGCAAACCUCUAUUGAUGUUACACAAUCAAAGUAGUCUCCAAUCAAAUUUACAUGUAAUCUAUACAAUUACUAUCUAUUAUUGUGUUGUCAACAUGUUAUGUAGUCUAGUUUAAGCCAAUUAAUAAUAAAUCUUCUAUAUUACUUAA